AUGGACGGAAGAGGAAAGGACGCACCAGCGAUCGGCAUUGACCUCGGAACAACGUACUCAUGUGUCGCCGUUUGGAAGCAUGAUCACAUCCAAAUCAUUCCCAAUGAUCAAGGCAACCGAACCACACCGUCAUGUGUUGCUUUUGUUGAUGGAGAACGUCUCAUUGGCGAUGGCGCCAAGAAUCAAGUGGCGAUGAACCCUGCUAACACCAUAUUUGAUGCUAAGAGGCUGAUUGGAAGGAGAUUCAGUGAUUUCAAAGUUAAGGAUGACAUGAACUUGUGGCCUUUUAAGGUCAUAGAAGGGCCUGCUGACACACCAAAGAUUGUUGUAUCCUACAAAGGUGAAGAGAAGGAAUUUUGUGCUGAAGAAAUUUCAUCAAUGAUUCUUGUCAAGAUGAAAGAAACUGCUGAAGCAUACCUCGGAAAACCUGUGAAAGAUGCUGUGAUAACUGUCCCAGCUUACUUUAAUGAUUCACAACGUCAAGCAACAAAAGAUGCUGGUGCUAUUGCUGGACUAAAUGUUAUCAACAUGAUCAACGAACCUACUGCAGCUGCAAUUGCUUAUGGUUUAGACAAUAAGUCUGACAUUAAUGGCAAGAUCAAUGUGUUGGUCUUUGAUUUGGGUGGUGGCACAUUUGAUGUCUCUAUUUUGACAAUUGCUGAAGGGGGUACCAUUGAGGUUAAAGCUGUUGCUGGUGACACUCAUUUAGGAGGUGAGGAUUUUGAUAAUCGAAUGGUGGAUUAUUGUGUUCGCGAAUUCAGGAGGAAAUGGAACAAGGACUUGACAGGGAACCAAAGAGCAUUGGGUAGGUUGAGAUGUGCUUGUGAGAAAGCAAAAAGGAUUCUUUCUUCCAGUAAUGUCACUUCUACUGAUUUAGACUGCUUAUAUGAUGGGAUUGAUUUUUCUAUGAAAUUCAGUCGAGCUAAAUUUGAAGAGUUGAACAUGGGUUUCUUCGAUUCAUGUAUGGAUACUGUGGAGGAAUGUUUAAGGGAUGCAAAGAUGGAGAAAUCGUGUGUCGAUGAGGUGAUUCUUGUUGGUGGGUCAACUAGAAUACCAAAGGUCCAGUGUAUGUUGCAGGAAUUAUUUGAAAGGAAGGAGCUAUGCAAGAGUGUGAACCCUGAAGAAGCUGUUGCAUAUGGUGCAGCAUUUAUGGCUGCAAAGUUAAAUGGUAACAGUCAUAAGAGCUGUCGAGAUUUGUUGUUAUUGGAUGUCACUCCUUUGUCCCUUGGUGUGGGAUUGAUAGGAGAGGAAUUUGAUGUUGUGAUCCCUCGGAAUACUCCAAUACCUACGAAGAAAUCUAAAAUAUAUUGUACAACUCGAGACGACCAAACUUGUGUAGAUGUUAAGGUGUAUCAAGGUGAACGGACCAGAUCAACAGAUAACCAUUUGUUGGGGACUUUCACAAUUUCUGGAAUACCACCUGCUCCAAAAGGAGUUGCAAAACUUAAGCGCUACUUUGAAAUAGAUUCCAAUGGCAUUCUAAGUGUAACGUCGGAGAUAUUAUCAACUGGUAAAACAGAAAAACUCACAAUUAUCAAUGCAAAUGGACGACUCUCUAAAGAAGAGAUUGAGAGGAUGAUAGAAGAUGCCGACAAGUACAGAAAGGAGGACCAAGAAUUCAAAAAGAAGGCAGAUGCCCUUAAUGAGUUAGAAGACUACUUAUAUAACAUGAAGAAUAAGACCAAAUAUAUAAAGAAUGGUGCGAUGAUGAAGAAAAUAGAGCUUGUCAUUGCUGACACGACCAAGUGGCUCGAGCAGAACCAAGCGGUAUCUGUUGAUGAGCUUCAGUGCAAGAAGGAACAUCUCGAGUCUCUAUGGAUGCUGAUGUUUUAGCUCUAAAUGCAUGGAUGUUAGACUCACCUAUCUUCUAAGGUUUCCUUUGUUUUCAUUAGAUGAUGUUAAACAGUAAUGUGGGACUUCUUUAUAUCUCUAAGCAAUCCAAAACAUUAAACCAAGAAUGAUUUUGUAUCAGUUUGAUCCGUUGCGAACAUGAACAUGAUUGAUUGAUGAGUUUAGUUUAUCUUUGUUUCCGUU